CUUUGGGGAUUUGCGAGAUUCCAUGCUGCGGGACCAAAUCGUGUAUGGCAUUUGCAGCACUUCCCUGCGAGAAAAACUUCUUCGAAAGAAAGACCUGACGCUGGUUACAGCAGUAGAAUGCUGCAAAGCUGAGGAACUUGCCGAAUCGCAAAAUAGGGCGUGGAUGGAGGAAAACAAGAUUGAACCUGUUUCACGAACGCAAGCGAAACGCGGACGCCAAAAAUGCCGGUACUGCAACUUCUCCCACGCGCCAAGGAAGUGUCCGGCGUUCGGCAAGACAUGCAACAAGUGCACGAAGCCUAAUCACUUCGCCGCCUGCUGUACAAGCAAGCGAGCAGCCGUUGAUGACGUGUUCGAAGGAGCGGAGAGUGACAGUGACUUCGACGUUCUGGAGAUCAGCACGACGGAAAGUAAGCGUGGCCCCGAAAGUCGCGACUGGAUUAUAACAACGAACAUUGAAGGAACUGAUGUGCAGCUGAAGGUCGAUACGGGAGCGCAGGCUAACUUGUUGCCGCGUUCGCUGUUCAAAAGGCUCGGAACUAAGCAGCAGCCGUACCCCACGAGGAGCAUCCUGCGCCAUUAUGGGGGUGGCGAAAUACCACACAGUGGCAAGGUUCGCCUCGCCGUGCAGUUAGACAAACGGCGUGUGCUACUUGAGUUCUUCAUAGUAAAGAAGAAGCAAGCCAUUCUGGGCCUCGGGGCAAGUGAGCAACUUGGUCUGGUCAACAGAGUGAACGCGGUGGACAGCAGCGAGGCAUAUGGAAGCCUAAAGCAGACAUUCCCGAGGAUAUUCACUGGCAUUGGCAGGACGCGGUGCGAGUACAAAAUGGUGCUUCGAGAGGACGCUGUCCCUGUGGUACAGCCAACCCGGCGUGUACCUUUCGCCCUCAAGAAGCCACUUAAGAAAGAACUUGACCGGAUGAAUGCUGCAAACAUCAUCGAGAAGGUGGAAGAACCAUCAGACUGGUAUGUUCCAGGCAGCAAAUUGGUUGUUGCUGACACAUUGUCACGAAUCCCAUCACGGGAACAACCAGAAAAAGGCACAACGGACGUUGAAGUUCAUGCCGUGGGCGCCCUGACUGCCGUCGUCGGACCAGCCACCCUAUCCCGUCUGCAGGUAGCAACUGCCAGUGAUGCUACGGCGCAAGACGUCAUCUCCAGGCUGCAGUCAUCAAUGCCUAUAGAAGUUUCAAGUCCACGUUUUCCCAGGUCCAAUGGGCUCGCCGAGAAGGGCGUACAAGUGGUCAAGCGGCUUCUGGGCAAGACUGAGACCAAGAAAGAGGACUUCUAUUUGGGCCUUCUCAACUACAGGGUGUGUCCUCUCGAAGAUGGCCGUUCACCAUCGGAACUGCUAAUGGGACGAAGUCUAAGAACGCUACUUCCAAAUUUUUCAGCGUCAUCCUCAGGUCUCGUUCAAAAACAUGUUCAGGCAAGGACCUCAGGAAGACCACUACCUCCGCUACAGAAGGGAGACGUCGUCCGAAUCCUCCGAAAUGGUAGAUGGGAUAUCAAAGCGCAAGUCCAAGAUCUCGUGGCCCCGAGAUCGUACACCGUUCUGACUGAGGAUGGCCGGAUUUUCCGUCGAAAUAGACAGCACCUUCGCAAAACACCAGAAGCGUUCUAUCGAACCAUCCAUUACCAGGCGGACGACUGCGACGACGCCCCUGAUUCAUCUCCGAGCGCUGUCACACAGCAGAGGCAAGAACCUCCGCAGGCCACACAGGACCGACCACCAGCAGGCACACCAGGAGUGCCCAACAUUGCAGAUUCACUGCGACGAUCUACCAGACCGCGAAGACCCCCAGACCGCCUGGCCUACACGCACGGGUUCCAGCAGACUGAAACAGCCUAGGAGUGUCGACUGCUACGCAUCGAUGUUGAGUGCUUUCAGUGCUUUCAGUGCUUUCAAUGCUUUCAGUCCUAUCUGUGUUUUCAGUGUUUUCCUUCUUCAAAGAAAGGAGGAUGCAACGGCCAGCCAAGGCAGCAACACUGGGCGAACAAGGAGAGCAACGCUGUGCGCAAGCGCGGCUAUAUAUGCGUUCCCGUGUCUUCAAUAAACGCUUCUUCGUG